AAUGAUGGCUUCCAGUCUCUGUAUCACCGCUUCUGCAAUUAGUCCGGAUAUUGGUGACUCCAUUGAAGUUCCUUUCAUCUGUUUGUAUAUCACGCCGUUGAAUUGGAAGUAUGUUGUCAGGCAAAGGUCUGUGAGUUCCAUUAGACUUGAAAAUAUAAGUUCCAUGCGUUCUGAAAAACUUGUGUCUUCACUGAGCAGCAGGGAUAUAGUUCCCUUGGCCAGCUGGAGUUCAAUGGAAGUGUACAGUGCCGUGACAUCGAAGGAUAUCAUUAGUUCGCCGUUUUCUAUAUUAAUGCUUUUGAUCUUUUCUAAAAAUCCAGUUAGUGAUUUGGUCGAAUGUCCACAUGACUGAACGAAG